GCUCAAUACCUAAAUUGAAUACGCUGAACAAGUACUCAGCUUCCUCCUCCCACACUUCUCCUCCCAACCGAACACCUUAACACCACCCUUCCUCCAUCUCUACACCACUAAUCGGUACUUCAUCUCUAUCUCCCCUGUCGCAACACCAUCAUCACCGGCCAGCCUGGCCUCGCACCUCCAAUAAUUCAACCAACCCACCACCGGACCAUCAUCAUCAUACGGCAAGAGCUUUGAUUUCUGUUUUUGCAACAGACAAACACAGGCAGAAAUACAAAGGAACUACAACUGUUUCACGAUGGAUAAGGGAGCGUCUGUGAUCGAGAUGCAAAAUCAAAUGGUACAUCAAAGAAGGAUUAGAGAAUUAAAAAGGACAAUAUGCCUUCUGCCAACGACGCCUCCGCCUCUGGCCAACGACGCCUCCGCCUUCGGCCGACGACGCCUCCACCGCCGGUCUCCGGUCGACGACACAUACGAAGUCUCCUACUCCGGCCUACAGCUGCUUCCGCCUCCUCCUUCUUUCACAUUGUUUACAGGUCUGAGGUUAUACAUCAGAAAUUUACCAUUACAUAUGGAUGAGGUACUAGUGCAAACAACCAAGAGUAGGAGGAUCCGUAUGGUAGAAAGAAAAACCAGAAAAAGAAGUGUUGGUAAACCCAAAACGAAACAUCUUGAAGCAAGGCAUACAAUGGAUCGUCCAGAAAAGAAAAAAAGAAGUGUGACAUUGAUUAGAGACCAUUCCAAAGAAUAUCUAUCAAAUUUAACAGUUGAGUUUGUUUCAGUUGGAAUGGUGAUCCAUGUGUUCCGCAGCAUCCAUGGAGUGGAAUUGGCUGAUUAA